UUCCUGAGCGCUGGGGCAGUUUGGCGGGAAUUUCGCCGGUUUGGGAUUCCGGCCCCACGCACUCCGUGGCUGUAUUUGGGACCUCGGCGGGCGGAUCUCGGGGACCGAAAGUGACAUGAAGUAAACUAUGGAUAUCUGUUCUGCUGGGUCGACGUUCCUGACCGACAGUUUGGAACUGGAGCUGGGAACCGAAUGGUGCAACCUGCCUUGCUUUUCUUGUGCUUUUGACAAUAGAGGAGGAGGAAAACAUUUUUCUGGAGAGUCGUACCUUUCCAGCGGAGCCCUUAAGCGAUUAAUUUUGAAUCUCGAUCCUUUACCAACAAAUUUUGAAGAAGAUACAGUGGAAAUAUUUGGCAUUCAGUGGGUUACUGAAACAGCAUUAGUGAAUUCAUCUAGAGUGCUAUUUCAUUUAUUCAGGCAACAACUGUAUAACUUGGAAACCUUAUUACAGGCCAGCUGUGAUUUUGGGAAGAUAUCAACCCUACACCACAAAGCAGACAAUAUUAGGCAGCAGUGUGUAACGUUUCUUCAUUAUGUUAAAGUUUUCAUCUUCAGGUUCCUGAAAGUACAGAAUGCCGAGAGUCAUGUUCCUGUUCAUCCCUAUGAGAUUUUGGAGGCGCAGCUUCCCUCAGUAUUGAUUGAUGAGCUUCAUGGAUUACUCUUGUAUAUCGGACAUCUAUCUGAGCUUCCCAAUAUUAAUCCCGAAACAUUUGAAAAUCAAAAUCAGAUUAAGCUCUUUCAACCCUCAUGGCAUUUAUUACAUCUCCACUUGGAUAUCCAUUGGCUGGUGCUAGAAAUUCUUCACAUGCUUGGUGAAAAAUUGAAACAAGUUGUGUAUGGUCAUCAGUUUAUGAAUCUGGCAGGUGACAAUUUAACCAAUGUCAGCCUAUUUGAAAAACACUGUGAAAGUCUCCUUUGUGAUUUACUAAGCCUGUCACUCAGCAGAUAUGACAAGGUUAGGCCUAUGGAAGCAUUAGUGAGUCACCAUUGCCCAUGUGCAUGCAUUAGAGAAUUAUGGGUUCUACUCAUUCAUCUUCUAGACCACAGAAGUAAAUGUUCUGUCUCAGAAUCAUUUUGGAAGUGGUUGAAUAAACUACUUAAAACACUCUUUGAAAAGUCAAGUGACCAAAGAAGACCUUCUAUGCCUGUAAUCCAGCCCAGGGAUCCGUUAGGUUUUAUUUGGUGGAUUAUGACUCAUGUAGCAUCACUUUACCAGUUUGAUCGCCACGGAGCACCAGAUGAAACGAGGCAAAUGGAAUCAAGUUGGAACUUUGUGGAAGAACUGCUGAAAAGGUCCAUCAGUGUUCAGGAUGGUGUACUAGAAGAGCAUUUACGAAUGUAUCUUCACUGUUGUUUGACACUUUGUGAUUUCUGGGAGCCAAACAUCACAAUUGUCACCGUUCUCUGGGAAUAUUAUAGUAAGAAUCUGAAUAGUUCUUUCAGUAUUCCUUGGCUUCCUUUAAAAGGCCUUCCAAAUACUACGUCGCCCUUGUCUAUGCUAGAAAUGGUGGAGACCUGUUGCUUCGAUAAACAAGACUAUGACCUGUAUAAAUCCAGAAGUAGUUACACCAUUUUCCUUUGCAUUUUGGCAAAAGUGGUUAAGAAAGCAAUGAAGAACAGUGGUUUGCAUCCUUGGAAACAAGUCAAAGGAAGAAUAUAUUCUAAAUUCCAUCAAAAAAGAAUGGAAGAACUUACUAUAGAUGGUCUGCAGAAUUUUUUCAACCUUUUUCUACUGUUAGCAGCUGUUGCAGAGAUAGAAGAUGUAACAAGUCAUGUAUUAGACCUCCUGCGUUUCCUUAAGCCUGCCUUAAAAGCAUCAGAUCUCCUUUGGAAGGGUCAGGCAGCCUUCCUCUUGAUGUACACCCAGAAAAAUCUGGACAUUGGUGUUUUGGCUGAGAAAUUUUCAGAUGCUUUCCGGGAAAAAGCAAAGGAGUUCUUGGUAUCUAAGAAUGAUGACACGGGACGGAGACAGGCUCUCUGGGCCCUCCUUUCCAUCUACAUUGAUGGUGUUCAGGAAGUGUUUGAGACAAGCCACUGCUUGCAUCCCUCCCAUGAAACACUGCUUAAUGAUGGGUUUAGUAUGCUUCUGCGAGCUUGUCAAGAGUCUGAACUUAGGACGGUGUUGCACUUUCUCCAAGCUCUGCUGGCCAGAAUCAGGAAUAUGCAUCAACAAUUGUGUCAGGAACUUCAAAAGGAAAAUGUGGACCUGGUUAUUCAGUCUUCAUUAUUGGCUAAAGAGCGCCACCUUGCUGCAGUUGCCAGUGCACUUUGGAGACACUUCUUUUCAUUUUUGAAGAGUCAGAGAAUGUCACCGAUGGUGCCAUUCUCACAACUUGCGGAUGCCGCUGCAGAUUUUACUUUGCUAGCAGUGGACAUGCCCAGCACAGCCCCGUCAGAGCUUCAACGUCGGCCGCUGGAAACCAUGGUACAGCUUUUUGGGUGGGAUGACAUCACCUGUCCCCAAGUUGUAGCGAGAUAUUUAAGUCAUCUUCUCCAAAAUGGCACGUUGUGUGAAGCACUUUCUUAUUCAGACUGUGUAUCUUUUCAAGCCUUAACUAUACGAUCGUGGAUUCGUUGCAUUUUGCAAAUGUAUAUAAAAAACCUCAGUUUACCUGAUGAUUUAUUAAUUGAAAUAAAUCCUGAACAGGCAGUUGAAAAAGAGUACAUGGAACAGUUGGCCGAACUGACGAGGUUGCUGUUUAAACUCUCAGAAAUAAAGAAUAUCUUCUUAAAGGCUCAAGUUCAAUAUUUACCCAUCCCAGAAGACCCUAAAAAAGCACUUGUUCAAUUUCUUGAGGCUGUUGGUAGAACUUACGAGAAUCUGCAGGAACUUUCUGAUAAAUCUGCCAUGGUUACAAAGUCCUUAGAAUACCUUGGUGAAAUAUUAAAAUAUAUAAAACCUUAUUUGGGGAAAAAUGUUUCCAGUGCAGGGCUGCAGCUGACGUACAGGAUGAUGGGAAUCCUUGUUAAAUCCUGGGCACAGAUUUUCGCCACCUCUAAAGCCCAGAAGUUGCUGUUCCGGAUCAUAGAUUGCUUGCUGCUGCCCCACGCGGUGUUGCAGCGAGAGACAGAGCUGCCCGCACCCAGGCUGGCUGCAAUUCAGAGGAACCUUCCUUUGUAUCUCCAGGGCAUGUGUAGCGUGUGUUGUCAGUCUCAAAAUGCAAACGCCUAUCUGAAUCAGUUGCUAGGGAGUGUCACUGCGCAGUAUAUCGGGCGGUUUCUUCCAGCAUCACCGCACGUUCUGGAUCUGGGACAGCAUCCGGUUUUGUUGGCAUUGAGAAACUCAGGCAGUGGUGCACCGAUGUCACCUCUAAAGAAAUGCAUUGUACAAGUCAUAAGGAAAUCCUACUUUGAGUGUAAACAGUUCUUGCACCCUCCACGCUUGGCAUCCAUUCUGGCCUUCAUCCUCCAACUCUGCAAAGAAACCAGCAUAGAUGUUUCCGAGGUUGGACUUCUGCUCCCUGGCAUCUUAAAGUGCUUGGUGUUGGUCAGUGAACCACAAGUUAGAAGGCUGGCCACAGAGAGCUUGCAGUACAUGGUAAAAGCCUGCCAAGUGGGGUCAGAAGGAGAUCCUGCCGCCCAGCUGACUUCCGUGUUUAGGGAUUUCAUCCAGGAUUACGGUAUGAGAUACGACAGUCAGACAUACAGCAUUUUAGAAACAGUAGCCACGCUGGACCAGCAGGUUGUCCUUCACUUGGUUCCCACCCUCACUCAGGCCCUGAAAGAUGCGGAGCAGAAAUGGGGCCUUGGCAGAAACAUCGCUCUGAGGAAAGCCUAUAGCAGACUUUUAUCUCGCCUAGGACAAGCGGGACAAGAUGAGAUACAGAGACUGGAAAAUGAUAGCACCUGAUAUGCUUUGUGAUUCAUCUUUUCUACUCAUUAUAAAAGCUACUUCACAUCAUUCUGAUUCCUUUUAAUUAAUUGUAUACCGUUCUGUUAGAAUUCUUUUCUAGGUUUUUUUUCUUACAUACCUGUGCAUAUACUUAGUAUGUAAAUAAGUAAAUAAAGGUUACAUAAGUAUGUUAUAGGAUCUUUGGAACUUGGUGAGACCACAUUCUGUUUGAAGAGAUUUUAGAUCAACUAAAUUAAAGAUACUUUUUCUGACCGGAAGUGUUAUCUGUGCAAUAAUUACUAAGCACACUUGUACUUGUUGGUCCAUGGACUUUUUACUGUAGUGACUUAUGUCUUGUGGUUUGUGUUUGUUGUGUUUUUUGCAAGUUAUGUUUUAAUAAGAUGCCUUUUCAAGGCUUUUUGAAAGGGGAAGGGGUCAGGAGAUAGGACUGUUAUCAUUUUUUUAGAUUAUGUGUGAGGCAACUUAAUAAAAAAACCUUUACCAAGACUGCUUACCUCUCUGAGCAGUGAGACGCAGUCUGCCGAAACGAUUAUGCAGUUUAUGUAAAUGUGUACAUACAUAUUCUUUAGCAGUUAAGCCAACGGUGCUGGUUUAGGUUCCCACAGUCGCCAGAUGUCUGUGCCUGUUGGCCCUUCCUUUUGGAGUUGCACUAACAGACACAUCAGGAGGAGGAUAAGCACGAGUCUGUAAGAAGGGGAUAAAUAGUAAUGUUCUGGCAAAUCUUAGUAUUACAAAAACUGAAGUCUGAAAAGUCAGCUGAUUUCUCUCCUUGCUCUUUAUUAAUUAGAGUGUCUUAUAACUGCGUCUUACAGGUUUACAGGGAACCAGUUUAGUUCCUUUAAGCAGCCGUUGUCUGUAGACUUCCUAACAGUCUCCGGAUUCAGUUCACCAGUGGGCCCUUGACCCCUUGGGUGGUAAGCAUCGUCUGGUGCAAGGCACUCCAGUCCUAGUGUUCGGACCCACCUGGGCCUUGGACCUAGUUCUGCUUUGUGACUCUGAGCAAAUUACAUAACCUUACUAAACCUCACUUUCUUCAUGGAGAAAAUAAGGAUCAUUCUUUUUCUAUUUUACAGUGUCCUGAUAAAAAUCAGGAUAAUGUAUGUGAAAAUAUUUGGUGAUCUAUAUUCAGUUUAGAUAUGUUAGAUAUAAUUAUUGUAUUAUUCAUGCACAAAGGUAAAAAAAAUUGUGAUUUUGUUCCUCUUUUUCUAAUGUGUCCUAGAAGAAUGAUCCUACGUUCCUUUUUUAAAUGUUUUCUUAUGCAUCAUGUUUGCUAUCUUUCGAGUAAUAUAUUUCUUCCUGGGGCUCUGCUUAUUAUAGUUGUAUUCCUUCAAGAAAACAUUCCAACCCCCUACUGAUCCAAAAAGUAUCUUUAAAAAUAAAAUGUAUUGCAAUCAGCAAAAUAUAGUUAGUAGACCUCUCCUAAUUGUAAUCUGAAUUCUAAAGAAGUAUCUGUUGUUUUCAUGACAUGCAAAGUCUAUUCCCCCUCCCCCACUUAACUCUUCUUCAAUGAAAUGAAAGUCUCUUCAGUUACUUAAUAGACCUUAUAGCAAUGAAUUUCUUGUCAUUAUGAUAGUGACUGAUUAAACUAUUUCAUCUAUUUAAGGUGAUGCUUUUAAAGGGAUUAUGUAUAGUUUAUGUACUUUUCCAAGGCAGAUUGAUAAAGAUGUCUGGGAAUCUUGCUCCAUAGUACAUAAAACUUUUAAGGGAUAAAAAAAAGAUGCUCCGGAAUCGUGUGUUAGGAUAUAUAACUGUAUGUGCUGAGAAUAACUAAAGUUUGUACUUAAAAAAGCAGUUGCAACAAAAAGUCUACCAAUACAGGUAUAUGGUUUCUUUAUUAUUUAUAAGGAGAAUUUUUGAAGAAGCUGAGUUUUUUUAACUGAAGAGAAAAAUUAUGACUCAGUUUCUUUCCUUGAAAAUCUCCAUUGGCCCUUCGCAUGUUACUAUAGUCUCGUCGUUUUCCAUUCCCAGACCUAGAGAGAGGACCUUAUGUCGGCUUCCUUAAUACCACGAUCUCUGAGGCUGCUGCUCCUGCCUUUGGUUUCAUAAGUCACUCCCUUUUGGUGAAAUCGGAGAGUGUGUUCUCAUUUCUCACGUUCUUUGGCCUCUGCAUAACACCUGCAUUUUCCUUCAUCGUCUCAGUCCGCCCUUCGUGAUCCUGCCCCUUCCUACCUACACUGGACUUUGAGAGCACCUUCCCAUUCUUCUUUCCUAUCCCCAGCAUUAAGAUCUGGGCCUCCACCGGUUCUGUCUCAGCAUUCUUGUAGUAGUCAGUGGAUAACACCAGCUUGUAACUUUCUCACAUCUCUUUCUAGGGCUAAUUUCUCUCUCACCCUCUCUGAUCUGAGCCUCCAGAAAUCUCAAAGCAACAGGCUGGGCUGCCCUUGUCAGCACCCUCUGUUCUAUUCUACCCUGUCUUUAUUCCCUACCAAGGGAAUACACUGUUUUCCCAGGUUACUUAGCUGUGAAACUUCAGAGUCACCUCGGAUUCUCCACGUUCCCCAAUUCCGGUUGACCAGCAGUACAGGCUCUUGCUGUUUUUUUGUCAUCUCAUGCAUCUAAACUUUUUUCUGCUGAGCGCCAUAAUCUCUCAUCUCUGGUCUCCUUUUCUUCAGUUAAUCCUUCUCACAGUUCUGGCAUUUGUUCCUAAAAUACUACUUUUCUCUUGUUACUUUUCUGCUCAGGGCCUUCAAAUUACUUCCCAUUGUUAAUAAACUGAUAGCCAGACCCUUCAGUCUGGACACUUCCUGCCAUCCGGCCACCUCUCCUGUCCAGACU